AUGACUGGCGUUGGCACAAUUCACACAUCGUCACUCACAAAAAGCGAGCAAGAGACUACUGCAUAUACCAUGAAAAAUCCACUGCACAACCCAUUACCAGCCUCGCUAUCUAGCGAGUGCAAGAAAGCAGCAGCAAUCCUAGAAUCCUUCAUCAACCCGAAACUCAAGAUCGACGGACAAAUACCAAGAAAGGUCUUCAAAGGGGCAAAGGGAAUCGCCAUCUUCACAGCCCUACGAGCUGGAUUCCUAGGCUCCGCCCGCUUCGGAUCAGGUUUAAUAAUCGCCCGCCUCCCAGAUGGAAGCUGGUCAGCCCCAUCAGCAAUGGGCAUGGGCGGCGUCGGAGCAGGCGGCCAAUUCGGCAUGGAAUUAACGGACUUUGUAUUCGUCCUGACGUCCGAUUCAGCAGUGAAAACAUUCAUGCAGGCUGGGAGUCUGACUCUUGGUGGGAAUAUCUCUGCGGCUUUCGGCCCUAUUGGUCGGAGUGCUGAGGCCGGGGGUGUGUUGGGGGUGAAGGGCGGUGCUGGGGUAUUUGCUUACUCGAAGACUCGUGGGUUGUAUGGUGGUGUUACGGUUGAAGGUGGUGUUAUUGCUGAGCGGGCUGAUGCCAAUAAGAAGUUUUAUGGGCGGAAGGUUAGGGCUGUUGAGCUUUUGGCUGGGCUUGUGCCUUCGCCGCCUGAAGCUGGGGUGCUUAUGGAUGUGCUGAAUGGGGACUUCUUUCUUGUUGAUGGAGCUGGUGCACCUUCUUCGGAGGGUCCGGGGCAGUUGGAUGCUCAGACUACUGGGGUUUCUGUUGGAGGUUCUAGCGAACAGCCACAAAGUGGUUCUGCUCCUGCGGCUGGGCAGGCACCAGCUACCGAGCGGGUUGCAGAGCAAGCGCCUCAACUUCCGGAAUUAUCCAAUUUUGAGAAUCUCGAUAUGGUCCAGGAGCCAAAUGUGCAGGGGCAUCUUCCUGUCGUUGAUCAAGGAUCGGCUGCAGAGCAAAAUGGGCAGCGAGAAACUCAGCCCACACAAUCUUCCAACAGUGCUCAUGAUCAUACUUGGGGAGAUACUGAACGCCUUGCUUCUAGUGUUCAACAAGAACCGUCCGAGAGAGCGAACAGAGAACAGGCAAAAGGGAAAGAGCUAUUGCCCGUUAAACCAGAUGAGCCAACUGAUGGGCCGAACAUCGAGCAUGCUCACUAA